GUAACAAGGAUUGAUGAUAUAUGUGUUUCGAUAUCAAUUUGUAGCAAUCCAAAUUAGUAAAAUAAGUAAAAAUUAAAACUUAACAUAAAUAUAGUUUUACAGUGGAUAUUGGAUUUUAUCCGUGUGACGUUUUGUGUUCAGUGGUAGAAUAAUUGGAAUGAUUGAGCUAAGCAAAACUGUGAUUGGUAUUGCUGCUGGUGUUGCAGGUACUAUAUUUAUUGGUUAUUGCAUAUAUUUUGAUAGCAAACGUAGAAAUGAUCCGGAUUAUAAAAAAAAAAUUCGUGAACGUCGCCGUCAACACCAUACAAGUGGCGUAACUCGUGGAGGACUACCUAACCUAAAUGAUCAUAAAGCAAUUGAAAGAUAUUUUCUUCAAGAAAUUCAAUUGGGUGAGACACUUAUAUCCAAAGGUGAUUAUGAAAGAGGUGUUGAACAUUUAGCUAACGCAAUUGUUGUCUGUGGUCAGCCUGCAGAAUUACUUCAAGUUCUUCAAAGUUCUUUACCUGCUCAAGUAUUUGCCAUGCUAAUAAUAAAAAUGCAGGAAUUGGGUAACCGAUCAAACACAGAGUCUAACGAAGCUUCAAAGAUGAUCUCAUUGGAUACUGCAGGUGACACAUCUUCAACUAAAUUUGAAAAUUCAUCGGAUGCUGUUUUAAUCGAUGACCUUGAAUAGUUCAGUUUCUUUAAGAUUGUACAAAAAAAUAAUUUAAAGAAGUAUACUAAAAUAGACUUAUUUUAGUUUCAAAUUA